AUGAACGUCGACGACAACAUCAGUCGGGAGGAGCUCAGUGAGUCGCUAGAAAAUCUUGGGGUCUGCGUGCUGGAGGAGACGCUGCAGGCGAUGAUCGGGAUGAUUGACGCCCACGGGGAUGACUACAAAGUGAGGAUAGAGGAGAAGUGCCCGUCCCGCCUGUGCCUGUGGAACUCGAGUGCACCCACAUUGUUAAACGGGGCCCUGCACUGGUUCACAGAGAAAGCGGGCAAGGUAAUUGCGCUGCAUCUGGGCACCGAGAAGUUCCGCAAGCUACCCUUGCCGUAUAAUUGUAACCCGAGUGAAAAGAUUCAAGUCAUCCUCCGUAAAAUAGAUAUCCCUUUUCUCUGCACCUUGUGGCCAUCAUCAGAUGACAAAUUAAAUGUGAGAUAUUACAGUUUUACUAUUACAAUUUUCUCUGCGUAUGCGGUGGUGAUGGCAGACGAGGGAGGCAACGAGGGGGACGACAUUGAAGAGGAAGUGCGGGAGGCGUUUAGGGUUUUGGAUCGAGACGGGGCAAGUUCAUCACGGUGGAUGAGCUGA